AUGAAAGUGCCCAGUAUUAUUCACAUUCAGCUCAUAGCUCUAAGAAGACUCGUCGUAGAAACCAGGGAGCAGUUCUGCUUUGCAGCAAAAAACAUGUUUCAAAGAAUAUUCGGGUGGAUUAUGUCAUUAAGUUUGUUCUCCUGGCUUUAUGUAAACAUUCAAAAUCUUCUAAUAGAGGUGUUAAGCGUAGGGCCGGUACCCGAGCAUGUAUCCUUUAUCAUGGAUGGUAACCGAAGGUAUGCCAAAUCACGGAGGUUGCCCGUAAAAAAAGGUCAUGAAGCAGGUGGGCUAACAUUACUGACGUUGUUAUAUAUAUGUAAAAGACUCGGUGUAAAAUGUGUUUCGGCGUAUGCUUUUUCCAUUGAAAAUUUUAGUAGGCCAAAAGAGGAAGUUGACACCCUAAUGAAUUUGUUUACAGUAAAACUUGAUGAAUUUGCGAAAAGAGCCAAUGAUUAUAAAGAUCGGCUGUAUGGAUCCAAAAUAAGGAUAGUCGGCGAUCGAUCUUUGCUUUCUCCUGAAAUGAGAGAAAGAAUUGCCAAUGUGGAAGAUAUUACAAAAGGUGGGGACGAUUUUACCUUAUACAUAUGUUUCCCAUACACUUCUAGAAAUGACAUGUUACAUUCAAUUCGUGAUUCCGUCCGAGACCAGUUGGAAGAUAAAUUGCAUAGCAGGAUUAAUAUAAAGAAAUUCACUAAUAAAAUGUACAUGGAUUUCUACUCCAACAAAUGUGAAUUAUUGAUCAGAACUAGUGGGCAUAGAAGAUUGUCCGAUUAUAUGCUAUGGCAAGUGCAUGAAAACUCCACCAUUGAAUUUAGUGAUACGUUGUGGCCGAACUUUAGCUUUUUUGCCAUGUAUUUAAUGAUUCUCAAAUGGUCCUUCUUUUGCACGAUUCAAAGAUAUAAUGAAAGAAACCAUUCAUUGUUUGAAAAGAUGUAUGAAGGUCUUCCCUCUAUCCUUAAGAGAAAGAAAACACCAAUGUCGCUAUAUCAAUUUCCCAACCCACCCAUUUCGGUGUCGAUCACAGGCGAAGAAUAA